AAUAUCUCUUUUCAAGUGCUAGAAGCUCCUUGGCAACAACGGUUCCAUAGCAACAAGAAUAUCCUUAGUAACAGGAGAUAUUCCAUAGCAACAAGAGAUCUCUUUUCACAAGGAAGGUCCUUUGUGACAAAUAUCCUGUAUCGGUACAAUCUUUCAUGGCGCGAAGAGAUCCCAGGAAGCAAGAAAGGUAUUUGGCAGCAAAGACCCCAUAGCAACAAGGAAUGGUUCAUAGCGACAAGAGAUUCCAUAGCAUCAAGGGAUCCAAUGCCGCAAGAAAGCGUAUUCAAGAAGUCCAGCCCUAACUGUAAGCUUACAGUGUACCUGGGGAAACGAGAUUUUGUGGAUCACCUGGAUCGAGUAGAACCUGUGGAUGGAGUUGUUUUAGUAGACACUGAUUAUUUGAAAGAUCGUAAAGUCUACGUGACGUUGACCUGUGCUUUCCGAUAUGGACGGGAGGAUCUUGAUGUGUUGGGCUUAUCGUUUCGGAAGGAUCUCUUCAUCUCCACUUUCCAGGCAUAUCCACCUCUUCCCGAGGAGAAGAAACCGCUUACCCGCCUGCAGGAGCGUCUGAUCAAGAAGCUGGGGGAGCAAGCACACCCGUUCUACUUCACAAUUCCACAGAAUCUGCCAUGUUCAGUGACGCUGCAACCAGGUCCAGAGGAUACUGGCAAGGCCUGUGGUGUCGAUUACGAAAUCCGUGCGUUCUGUGCAAAGAACACGGAGGAAAAAAUGCACAAAAGAAACUCUGUUCGCCUGGUAAUCAGAAAAGUACAGUUUGCUCCAGAGAAGGCAGGACCACAGCCAAUUGCAGAGACCACCAGACACUUCCUGAUGUCUGAUAGAUCUCUGCACUUAGAAGCUUCUUUAGAUAAGGAGCUUUAUUAUCACGGAGAAGCCAUUAACGUGAAUGUGCAUGUGACCAAUAACUCUAGCAAGACCGUCAAAAGAAUCAAAGUGUCAGUCAGGCAAUACGCAGACAUCUGUCUCUUCAGUACAGCGCAGUACAAGUGCCCAGUUGCGCAAAUCGAACAGGAUGACCAGGUUACUGCAAGCUCCACAUUCUGCAAGGUUUACACAUUAACCCCUCUUUUGUCAAAUAACCGGGAGAAACGCGGGCUGGCGUUGGAUGGGAAACUCAAACACGAGGACACCAAUCUGGCAUCGAGCACCAUUGUCAAAGAGGGAGCCAGCAAGGAAGUGUUGGGAAUACUGGUGUCGUACAGAGUGAAGGUCAAGCUCAUAGUGUCUCGUGGCGGAGAUGUGGCGGUGGAGCUGCCCUUUGUCCUGAUGCAUCCAAAGCCACCAGAGCCUGUCUCGCGGCCUGUGUCUGAAUUCCCUCAGACGGACGUACCUGUUGACACAAACCUUAUUGAGUUUGAUACAAAUUUUGCUCAGGAUGAUGACAUCGUAUUUGAAGACUUUGCUCGUCUAAGGCUAAAGGGAUUAAAGGAUGACAAGGACGAUGACGAGGCCUACUGCUAGCCUUCCUGCUGAGGGCUUCACUCACUGCCACAAAUGGAAACCCUGCCCCUUUUUUUUCACACGUAAAGAUCCCACAUAAAGUGGGGCCGUUCAGUGCACCAAACAAGGCUGUGUAUGUCAGUGUAUUCACUCCCAGACUGUUACUGAUGGGAUGGAAAGCCUUCAUAUGCAUCAUUGUAUAGAUAAACACCCUGUGUUGAAAAGCUAAAGGCGGUGUGUGUACAGGUAGACGUCAAAUCAGUGGCUGUGAAUGGGAAGAUGGGCUUGCAUAGACACACAAAAUUGUGUGUUCAAAGGCUGUGUAUGAUUAAAUGCAUAUAUAUCCACUGGCAUAGGCCGAGAGUGCAUGCAUACAGAUGGAGAGGGCUCUUAUACGGUGUAUCGUAGGGCUGUGUGUAGACGUCUAUGCCAACAUUUAUACACUGUAAUACGGCUGUAUAUAUAGCAUUUGUAAAUUGUAUAUAAUUGGGGGAUAAAUGGAAAAGUUUGUUUUUGCAUUAUAUAUAUUCACAUAUACAACACCUGGUCAAACCUUCCUGCACAUAUGACAUAGCAGCACCGUGUGCAUGUAAGCGUGCGAGAUCCAUAUACUCGCAUAUAUACAACACCUAGUCAAACCUUCAUUCACAGAAGUUGUAUGUAUGAGUCAAAUGUGUUUCAUAUCCUUACCUGUUUGUUUUGGAUGUGUUCACACAUUGUGGUUUGGUAUUUGUUUUGUAACCUCUCCACAGUUGGUACACACCGCACACUGUAUAUUUGCACUGCCUUCACGGGCAACUCUGACUAACUUACCCCAACCGAGAGGUUUCCAUGGCUGUGAAUUAACUAGGAUGGGUUCUCAUCUGAUCAUGUCCAAGUCAGAUGAUCCGGGUGAGGGAACAUGUACAGAUCCAAAGGGCCAGUUUUAGACCUUCUACAUUCAGGUGAAUGACUUGAGGGUUUACUUUUAUGCUUUUUAAUUGGGGAGGGGAGGGUGGGGGGUUGGAUGUGACCCUCAGUCCUGCUGAAAACAUGGAGGGACACAUGGGAUUGAGCGGUCUCAGGGAGAUCCAGAGCUGCCAUGAUCUCAUUCUGGCCAUUGUCCCCAGACAGUGUGACAUGUCUGCUGUCAGUGGCUCCCAAGGGGACAAUUUUAUUCUGAUAUGUGAAAUUAAGGGGAGUUUUACUCCUUCCUUCGCACAAGCUGCAGAGGACAGAUGUCCCCUCCUCCUU